CCUACUCGCUUUGUCCGUCAAUUACAUCCAUCCACCAUUCUCGUAUUCUACUUCACUCUCUAAUUUGCAAUAAAUAGCCUAAAAUUAUCUGAAAACAAAACACAGUUUUAGAGUAAUGGCUCCAUCCACAUUAACAUCAUUGGUAGAGGAAAAAACAUUACAACAGAGCUUUGUACGUGACGAAGAUGAGCGUCCGAAAAUAGCUUACGAUGAAUUCAGCGAUGAAAUUCCUAUCAUUUCUUUAUCAGGAAUAGAUGAUAAUGAAGCAGAAGGUAAAAGAUCAGAGAUUUGUAAGAAGAUUGUCGAAGCUUGUGAAGAUUGGGGUAUAUUUCAGGUUGUUGAUCAUGGUGUUGAUACGAGUCUCAUAUCCGAAAUGACUCGCCUUGCUAGAGAUUUUUUUGCGUUACCACCGGAAGAUAAACUUCGUUUUGACAUGUCUGGUGGCAAAAAAGGUGGUUUCAUUGUCUCAAGUCACCUUCAGGGAGAAGCUGUUCAAGAUUGGCGUGAAAUUGUGACUUACUUUUCCUACCCAAUUAGGAACAGGGACUACUCGAGAUGGCCUGACAAGCCAGAGGGAUGGAAAGAAGUGACAGAAACAUACAGUGAGGAACUCAUGGGUUUGGCUUGCAAAUUACUGGAAGUAUUAUCCGAGGCGAUGGAUCUUGAUAAAGAAGCUCUUACUAAAGCUUGUGUUGAUAUGGACCAGAAAGUGGUUGUUAACUUUUAUCCAAAAUGCCCACAGCCUGAACUCACUCUUGGGCUAAAGCGUCAUACUGAUCCUGGCACGAUUACCUUACUUCUGCAAGAUCAAGUUGGUGGUCUUCAAGCGACUAGAGAUGGUGGCAAGUCGUGGAUCACUGUUCAGCCCGUUGAAGGAGCCUUUGUCGUCAACCUUGGUGAUCAUGGUCAUUAUCUGAGCAAUGGGAGAUUCAAAAAUGCAGACCACCAAGCAGUGGUGAACUCAAAUUACAGUCGUUUGUCAAUUGCAACGUUUCAGAACCCGGCUCCUGACGCAACUGUAUACCCACUUAAGAUCCGAGAAGGAGAGACGCCAAUCCUAGACGAACCGAUGACCUUCAUGGAGAUGUACAAGAAAAAGAUGAGCAAAGAUAUUGAGCUUGCCAAGCUUAAGAAAUUGGCCAAAGAGAAGAUGGUGGAAGAUUUGGAUAAAGCCAAGAUUGAAGCGGCCAUACCAAAAUCCACUGACGACAUUUUCGCUUGAAAAGUUGAGUUGUAUGUUACUGCUAUUAAAGUUGGAUCAUCCGUCCAACCUAUAUUGUUCUAUUAAAAUGUAUGCAAUUUUUAUUUUGUAUGUUGCUUAAUAAAAAUACAGUAGAAAUUUAUCUAAUUGUCGCGACUAUAAUGUCAAUGUAUAUCACUUGUCAGUGUCCA